AUGGGCCUCGUCGUCCAAGAAGAGGAGGAAGGGCUAUGCCAUAAGCUGGCUAGACCAGUUUGGGGUGCGGCUAGCCUUAUUAAUGACCUCCAGUCCUGGGACAAGGAGUACAAAAUAGCUCAGGCACACGGUAACCAUGAGCUGAGAAACGCUAUUGGGUUGUUGAUGAAGCAACAUUCAAUAGAUGCUGGGGCAGCGAAGCAGCGGUGUUGCCAAAAGAUCAAAGCUUUUGUGGCAGAGUACGUCCAGACUCUUGAGUACAAUAAAGUCAGCGAUGCAGUAUAUGCUCAGCGGCAAUCUCAUCUGGGGCUGGCAAUAUCCACGAUCGUCGAUAGUCCAUCACAUUACAUUGAUUCCAAACCAUCCAAAGGUAUCCGGGAGAGGACGAUAGAUGCAAUAAACCUCUGGCUCCAGGUUCCGGAACAAGACUUGGCGGUAAUAAAAAACGUCUGUCGCUUGCUGCACGGGGCCUCCUUGAUGCUCGAUGAUAUAGAAGACUCGUCGAAAUUCCGCCGCGGUCAAGUAUCAACACAUACUGUUUUUGGCAGUGCCCAGACCAUUAACUCUGCUGGCUACCGGGUAAAUGAGGCCUUGAAGGAGAGCUAUGACCUCUUUUGGACAUUCAAUCUCACAUGUCCAUCUGUGGAGGAGUAUAUGAAGAUGAUGGACUAUAUACACUCAGCAGAAAGGUUUCUGAGGAUCUAG